AUGUCUCGAUCAAGCUCUACCAGAGAAUAUCCAAACAGCAAGUAUUAUCACGGCAUUCCAAACAGCCCACCACAGCCAACUAGCAACAAGCGAGUAACCUCGACCACAGAUAAGUCUACCUCUUUAUACAGUAAACUUAAAACCAAAUUUAAGAAACCCGGGAAAAUGGGUCACUCAAACGAAAGGAAAUUCGCCGUCAUGAACUACAUGGCUGGCGGGACUUGCGACUCAAAGAUUAAGGUGACUCGGAGCGGCCACAUGUAUCACGGCCGGGGCACGAAAUUCCCCAGUUCAGUCGGCGAGGCCGUAUAUGAACAUGAUUUUUAUGGGAAUAAUCCCGAGUACGCAAAUAAUCCUAAUUAUGCGAAUGAUUAUAAUUACGAAAAUGAUGGUAACUACGAAACCUACCAAGUAUUUGAGGAUAACGAGCAACAACCCAAUUACGACUAUUACGCCGAUUCGGCAAGAGGACCAUACGUACCAUCCCCGAGUAAUAGUAGCAGUAGCAGCAGUAGUAGUAGUGCCUCGCAUUCAUCACUUGCGUAUCCCCGGCCCGAAGCACCUCAUCCUAUUUCUGCGAAUAUGGGAUAUCCAGAAUAUCCAUCUUCCCCAAGAGGACAAAGAUACUCGAGAAACCCCUACCAACAAUCGUAUUCACCGCAGAUGGAAGGUCGUCCGGAAUACACGGAAUACUCCCCGGUUAAACCAGUAUACUCGCCAUCCGUUUAUUCAUCCAGAGUCUCUUCAUCCAGAAGUUCUCGGAAUUCUAAGAAAUAAACUCCAAUACAACAAUAGUUAACCUGUUAUACCG